CGACAAGGCGCUGGAGCUUCAUCAGUUGACGAAAAAAUACGGCUCGGGGGUACUCGCCAACGAUCACCUGACGUUCGACGUCAACCGCGGGGAGAUUUUCGCCCUGCUGGGGCACAACGGCGCGGGCAAGUCGACUUUGAUCAACCAGAUCACGGGAAUGCUGCCCUGCUCCAGCGGCGAAGCCUACGUGGCGGGCUACAGCAUCAAGCGCGAAAUGAAGAAGGUACGGAAGGCCGUGUCGGUUUGCCCGCAGGACAACCCCUUGUACGAACAGUUCACGCUUCGGCGGCAUAUCGAAUUUUUCGCCCGGCUCAGGGGGUACACGGAUAACGGGAAAAUCACAGCGUUAACGGAGCAACACGCCGAGGGGCUGGGGAUUUCGCAGAAAUUGGACACCCUGUGCAAAGACUUGUCCGGAGGGCAGAAGCGGCGGAUGUGGGUGUUAGUCGCGCUGUUCGGGGACAUAUCAAAAUGAAAAAUGCCCCCUCCCCAUAUCAAAAUGAAAAUAUGUGAUGCGGAUUUGUGAUCGCAAGUCGCGUUGUCAUGCUAGAAGGAAAGCAGAGAUGCCGACUGUUGUGCUGCCCGGUGUUAGAAUGCCUUGCGUCUUCAGCAUGACAGGAAGUAACUGUAAGCGGAAAACAGCAUGGCAGAUUGUCUGCAAGCGAAGGCACAACUGCGUCUCUUGGCCUUCUAGCAAUAGAAUCCGAUUUAUGUACGCAAAUACAGCACGACAAGUUUCGUUUUCGAUAUGGGAAUGAGCGGGGAUUUUUCCUCUUAAUAGGACACGCCGCUGAUUCUGAUGGACGAACCCACCAGCGGCAUGGACCCGCAGGCUAUGACUUGCGCAAGCGUUACAUUCUCAAACGUUACAAUAGAAUCUGGAAUUCGUGUUGCAUGAUGAGCAUGACAGACGUGCAGACCGUUCCACUUUCUGCAAUACAAAUUUCGCCAAAUUGCAGUGGGGUUUGGGGCUCCGGAACUUGUCAUGCGCUAUCCUAUAAGACUUGGCUAGAUCGUGCAAUCUUGCAUCACAGAUUUCCAUAUUCUAUUGCAACGUUUGAGAUUGUAACACCUGAGCGGGUUAUACAGGCGCGCCGCGACUUCUGGGUGUUAUUGAAACACAUUGUGAACCAGGAAAAGCGUGCGGUCGUGUUUACCACGCACUACCUGGAGGAAGCGGACCUGCUCGCGUCGCGCAAGGUGAUCAUUGCGAACGGCCGCGUGAUGGCGUUGGGGACCAGCUCGCAGCUGAAGCACCAGUGGGGCGUGGGGUACUGGGUGAAUCUCAGUCUGCACCACGGCCACAACCCGACCUUGGCGGAGCGAAGGGACGCGCGGAAGGUGCUGGGGAAAGUGUUGAAAGAGGACGUUUUCGAGAAAACGCUCGACAGGCUCGCCGCGUUGCAGGACGAGAGGACAUCAAACAAUGCCGCUAGAAGCAGUAGACGAAGUGCUUCGAAAAGAACCCAGAUCCAAACGAAAAAUCCGAAGAUGAACGAUUUUUUCCUCUCCUACAGCAUCCCCUGGGAAAAAGUGUACUGCGUGCCUGCACUGCUAGAAAAGAUCGAGGAGGUACAAACCUACUACGGCAUCCGGGACGUAAAUGUGGAAAUGACCACGAUGGAGGAGGUUUUCCACCUUGCCGGCGAGGCCGCUGAGCGCGACAAGGAGCGCCGCGCGCUGGAGAAACGGGCGGAAGAGGAGAAAAAAAAGCGAAAAAAAAGUACUAGUACAACGAACGACAAAAAUAUUCAAAUUGCCGCCGCUGCCACCAGGUCUGGGGCCGGUGGGGCGGGCGUAGUAGAUGAGACCACUGCGUCGAAAAUGGAUGACAAAAGUGCAAGAAGAGCAUCAAUUUCUACUAGCCGGGACUCCAGCUUUCCCUCGUCGCGCGAGGACAGCUAUCCUGUGCAAAAGUAUCGCACUCGUAUUGCACUCAUGCAUCGCAAAUCUUUUCCUUCAGGGAGGUAAAUCAGCAUUUACAAAUUCUAUUUCUCAUGCUAAGGAAAUUUGUAAUGCAUUUGUACGAGUACGAUACUUUUGCACAGGAUAACAGCAUCUUCGAAGCAAAAGAGCCCUUGCUCCUCCUCACCGAAAAAGACAAAGAAAACGCCGACCUGGUGGCAUUAACGACUGAGCGAAAAAGACUCCUGGAAAACGACCGCC